CAGAACAGCUGCGCACGGCGAAGACUAGUACUGAUUUGUAUACAGAAUUAGAUAUUUCGUGGAAAAAUUCUUUUUUAAGCUGCAGUUGUGAAAGUAUUCAUUAUUAAUGUCAUUGCGUGCCAAUGUAAUAAUGAUGUGACUCUGUCCCGUUCGUAUGAAAAGUGUACAUUCGGUAUUCUUUGAACGACGACGACGACGGAGCGAAUGGAAUGCCACUAUCAUAUCCAAAGUAGCAGUGAUGAUGGUGGGGCGGCUGAACUUGCGUGUGGCGCUCGGCGUGCUCUGCAUCGUCGUGUUGCUGCUGACGCUCUUUUGGAGUCACUGCGGGGAGCUCUCGCGCAGACCUAUUGGUUCGGUGCUCUCGAACGCCCUGUCGGAGCGCAACGUGGCCAGCGAGGAGAUCGAGUGCAUGAUCAACGGCGAGUUCUCGGUGGCGUGCCGCCGCGACCGGGACGAGAUAUACGUGCCCUUUACGUUCAUACACAAGUAUUUCGAGAUAUACGGCAAGCUGUCUGUAGUGGACGGCGUGGAGAAAUUCGAGUGGUCCCACAGCUACAGCAAAAUAUAUCACCCGAAGAAAAAGUAUGACCCACGAGGCACCUUCACCACCUUCGAAAACUACAACGUAGAAGUACGCGAUCGGGUGAAAUGCAUCAGCGGCAUCGACGGGGUUCCCGUCUCGAUACAGUGGGAACCUAGAGGGUUCUACUACGCAACACAAAUAGCGCAAUUCGGCUUGGCGCAUUACAGCAAAAACAUAACCGAGCCCGAACCAAGGCGAAGAGUUAUAGACGAUGGGGAGAAACAUUUGGAGAGUUGGAUCGUCAGUAAAGAUGCAUAUAUGACGAGGGAGUAUGAUAGUACUAUGCAGACUAAUAUUUUGAAGUUCGCCACAACGGACCACGUGUCAAGUCAGGUGUGGCUGAAGGUCAACAUCAGCCAGGAUUUCGUGCUGAGCCUCGACCUCAUGUUGAAACCCAACUCCUCGCUUACAGUGGUGCUACAGAACAAGGAUAGAAAAGAGACUGUUUAUUUACAUUAUAUUACUAGUUUGCAACUUAUUUCUGCACAAGAGGACCAUAUAUAUUAUGGUAUUGGAGUGGACGCUGCGUGGCGACGGAUCACUCGAGAUCUCAUUAUCGACAUGCAGAAAGGCUGGGCGCUACUCGACAGACCCAAGAGGAAGUCGCCUAGAAAUAAGUUUAAGAUAUCGAGCAUAAUCCUGUGCGGCAGCGGGUCGCUGGACAACGUGACGGUGUCGUCGAGCGAACACAUGGCGCAGUUCGUGGCGGCGGCGCGCUGGCUCGCCGCGCACCAGCGCCCGCGUACCGGCGCCUGGCCCGUGCCCGCGCGGCGCCGCGUCGCCGGCACCGACCUGCGGCCCGGCUGGCAUUCCGCGAUGAGCCAGGGGCACGCGAUCUCGGUGCUGUCGCGCGCGUACUACCGGUCGGGCGAGCCGGCGUACCUGCGGGCGGCGCAGCGCGCGCUGUACCUGCUGGACGUGCCCAGCCACGCCGGCGGCGUCAAGGCGCUCUGGAUGGACAAAUACGUCUGGUAUGAGGAGUACCCGACUACACCCCCACUUUUCGUUCUAAACGGCUUCAUAUACACGCUGCUCGGGCUCUACGACCUGCACAUACUGGAGGGCGAGAACUCGAUAUCGCUGGCCAAGAAGAUGUUCGACGACGGCAUGACCUCGCUAAAGACCCUGCUGCCGCUGUUCGACACCGGCAGCGGCAGCUUCUACGACCUGCGACACUUCACGUUGGGCGUCAGCCCCAAUAUCGCCAGGUGGGACUACCAUGCCACUCACGUGAACCAGCUAUACCUCCUAGCUGGGUUGGACGAUGAUCCCAUAUUGAUCAACACAGCGAGAAGAUGGGAAGGCUACAUGCAAGGGAAGAGGGCGGCGCACAAUUGAACGCUUCUGUGUGCAGGGUGAUGCCUGACUGCUUCGAUUUUACAUCAUCAAGUUGGCAAGCUCACGGCCCGCCUGGUGGUAAGUGGUUACCUUAGGAGUUCCCAGGGCGUUGUUAUAUAGGCGUUGUCAACUUGAAGUCCUCCCCCCCCCCCUCGUUUCCUUAGGAGAUCACAUAAUAUUCGCAAAGCGUUACAAAGUAGCGUAAUAUAGCUGCAAGCUUUUGUAAGAAGUGAACCAGAUUUAUUCCAAAUAAGGUAUUGAAUAGUCUUCGAUGUUAUAAAAGCAUUUUAACCUCGAAGAUUCUAAGUGGAGACUUGAGUACCCAGACUUUAGUUAUACAAUUUCUUGAUUAUCGGGAUCGACUUAGAUAAUUAUAUAUAUAUAUA